AUGAGUGCAGGAAGAGCCCAUCUAUACAUCUAUCUACGCGGUGUACGUGAGCAAGUGUUGCAGAAUGAGUCGGUUUGUUGCGAACGACAGGCCACCAAUUGUUCAACAGUGGGUGCAUUCGAUGCGGCGAUUCAAAAUGGUUCUAAUCAAACCAUUCAAGAUCACUACCCCAAUAAGAAGUGUUGUUAUGGAUAUAACAAGAAAAGACACUUUCAGGCCAUUGAAAUGGGAGCAGAAGCAAUUAUCUGUGAUGAUGAAUCAACUGACAGUGGGCCUCAAAAGCUCGUACUGGAUUCAUCAACUGCGUCCAGAGAGUCCUAUGAAAAAGGUAUCAAGACCACUGUUGAUGCCGCAUAUCAUCAAAUUCAAAGUCCUAAUCAGAUCAGCAGGAGCAAUGGUUCUGAUGAGCAUGUCAACGAUUUCGUCCAGAUCAAUAGCCUGGAAAAAGGCUACAAGUUUAAGAUCAUCAAGAUCUAUGGCGGGAUCAAUAAGGAUCUCGUGCACAAGGCCUUUUGA